GCGCGGGGGCGCAGACGCGCGGCGGUCGCGGCUGAGGCGGCGGCGGUGGCGGUGAAGGAGAGCGGAGGCCGCUCCGCACCAGCGCUGCCGGCCCUGCCCGCUCCAUGCACAAGAUGCUGCUGGCCGCGCUGUCGCGGGUGCUGCAGGCGCCGGCGGUCUCCGGGAAGGUGGGAGCCAUUAGUGAGGCCUUCCGAGUGAUGGUAGCAUCACGUAAUUAUGGAGACUUUGCAAGUGAAGCUACGUUUGAGAUCAAGAAAUGUGACCUGCAUCGCCUGGAAGAGGGGCCAGGCACCACGGCAGUGAUGACUCGAGAGGAGGGGCUCCAUUACUACAAGACCAUGCAGACCAUUCGGCGCAUGGAGCUCAAGUCUGACCAGCUCUACAAGCAGAAAAUCAUUCGUGGCUUCUGCCACUUGUAUGAUGGGCAGGAGGCUUGCUGUGUGGGGCUGGAGGCUGCCAUAAAGCCUACAGACCAUGUGAUAACAGCAUACAGAGCCCACGGCUUUACCUACACCCGAGGAGUGCCUGUCCGGGAGAUUCUGGCAGAACUUACAGGUCGAAAAGGAGGAUGUGCAAAGGGAAAAGGAGGAUCAAUGCAUAUGUAUACCAAAAACUUCUAUGGUGGCAAUGGAAUUGUUGGUGCUCAGGUAUAAACAUGAUUUCUGUUUUAUAG